GGACAGUUGGGCAGUUCGAGGCCAUAUGAUAUCCACUAUGUACUGGUUUCUGUUACUAGAAGCUUUCUUGGGUUUCCACUAUCUUGUAGCUCUUGGAAACUAUUUCUUUUUAGUGUAUGUUCAUCUAAUUAACUCUAUAAAUUUGGAAGAUCCAUUACUCUUCGGAGAUUUGUUUCAGUGUUUGAAGGAUGAUACGAUGGGCCCUCAUGUACGAGUACAUAUCCAGUCAAUGUUUCAAGCUCAGGUUUCGACAGUUCAAGGGAUACAGGGGAAUUUUGCGGAUGAAGUUAGAUGGAUGCCUAGAGAGCGAAGCAGAUCGGAUUUCGGAUGAUCCACGCGCUGUCUGGUAUUGGCGCAGGAACACGAAUGCGGGCCUUGAUUAGCAGGUGGAGAGCGAGUUGGUUAGAGGGUCUUUUUC